UACCCGUGUGCACGGUGCGGGUCGUGGCCGCCGCUUCUCCGCUUCUUCCCCUCCCCUACUUUCCUCCCUCCCUCCCUUUCCCUCCCUGGGCAGCGGUCGGUAGCCUGUCGCAGACUCCCUGACCCAUCCCUAAACCUUAUCCUGACCUCGGUGCCACCGCGUAGGCCUCCUUUUCCUGUUUCCAGGCCCAGCCCAGUGUCGGGCGGGGGCCUCGAGGAGGCAGGGGCGCUGCAGCUGAGGAGAGAAACGACAAGACGACCCUCGGCUCCGCGGCAGGAUCGCUCGAUUCGCCGCCGCCAUGGCGAUGAGGCAGACCCCGCUCACCUGCUCGGGUCACACGCGGCCUGUGGUGGAUUUGGCUUUCAGUGGCAUCACUCCUUACGGCUAUUUCUUAAUCAGCGCUUGCAAAGAUGGUAAACCUAUGCUACGCCAGGGAGAUACAGGAGACUGGAUUGGAACAUUUUUGGGCCAUAAGGGUGCUGUUUGGGGUGCAACAUUGAAUAAGGAUGCCACCAAAGCAGCUACAGCAGCUGCCGACUUCACAGCUAAAGUGUGGGAUGCUGUCUCAGGAGAUGAGUUGAUGACCCUGGCUCAUAAACACAUUGUCAAGACUGUGGAUUUUACGCAGGAUAGUAAUUACUUGUUAACCGGAGGACAGGAUAAACUGUUACGUAUAUAUGACUUGAACAAACCUGAGGCGGAACCUAAGGAAAUCAGUGGUCACACCUCUGGUAUUAAAAAGGCUCUAUGGUGCAGUGAGGAUAAACAGAUUCUUUCAGCUGAUGAUAAAACUGUUCGACUUUGGGAUCAUGCUACUAUGACAGAAGUGAAAUCUUUAAAUUUUAAUAUGUCUGUUAGCAGUAUGGAAUAUAUUCCUGAGGGAGAGAUCUUGGUAAUAACUUAUGGACGAUCUAUUGCGUUUCAUAGUGCAGUAAGUUUGGAUGCAAUUAAAUCUUUUGAAGCUCCUGCAACCAUCAAUUCUGCAUCUCUUCAUCCUGAGAAAGAAUUUCUUGUUGCAGGUGGUGAAGAUUUUAAACUUUAUAAGUAUGAUUAUAAUAGUGGAGAGGAAUUAGAAUCCUACAAAGGACACUUUGGUCCUAUUCACUGUGUGAGAUUUAGUCCUGAUGGAGAACUCUAUGCUAGUGGUUCUGAAGAUGGAACAUUGAGACUGUGGCAAACUGUGGUAGGAAAAACAUAUGGCCUUUGGAAAUGUGUGCUUCCCGAAGAAGAUAGUGGUGAACUGGCAAAGCCGAAGAUCAGUUUUUCAGAGACAGCGGAAGAAGAGCUAGAAGAAAUUACUUCAGAGAAUUCAGAUGCUAUCUAUAGUUCAACUCCUGAAGUAAAGGCCUGAUCAUCAGGCAUAUGCCACAUAUAGUAUACACUUACGAACUUAAACAAGCAAGCAGAGACAAGUGACAGCCUUCCAGAGUUACUCUCUGCUUAAAGAAAACAGCAGUAAAUAAUGAGGAAUAUGAAUUAGCUCCAGUGCUGGAACUAACUUGGUGUUACCUGUAAGUGAAAAUGAAAGUGUAUCAGAUGAAGGCAGGUGUAGUUAUACUCUUAUAGUGUGAUGGCCUGUUGUCUUUUUAAUGAAUAUAUGCAAGCCAACAUCCAAUUUCUCUUACUACACUUAGAUCUCUUGUAGCUGUUUAUGUUAUUAUGGAGAAGAAAAAUAUAUUUGCCUAUUUUUCUGACUUUUACCUUAAAGCAGAAUGCUUGGUUUUUUUUUUUUUUUUUUUUUUUUUUGCUGUAGUUGUAAAGAAGAGGGAAAUACAUGAUAAAGUAACUGGUUUGUUUUCUCUUUCGUUGUAUACUGCUUCUGAACAUCUAAUUGUUUUUACUUAUCUAAAUAAAAUGCCUCUAAACAAAUCAAUGUUUGUUUCUUGGGAAAAAUAGAAAAAUGGAUAGGUUUGAGUUUUAUAACUGGAAAUCACCCAAAAGUUUUUCUGUAUCAUAACUAGUAUCAAAAGACAACAUGAUUAAAGAAUCCAAGUUACAUACUGUUUUGUAAUUUUGAAAUUCAAUUACUUAUACUGAAUUUUUGAAAUUUUCUUGUCCUUUGCUGGGUUGCAUUAUCUCUUUCCUAGAUGAGAGAGAAAUGCUUGAUUUGCCUUAUUAAAAACCUUCCAGAAUAAUUAUUAAAGUGACAGAUGCUAGUUUAAGAAAAAAUAAAGCAAAUCAGAAUUGGCAGAAAAAUCACUCAAUCCCACCCCCCCAAAAUUUAUUGAACAUUAAUGCAUGUUAAUAUGUAUACCUCUGUGUGUGUAUCUGUAGAUAGAAAAAAAAGAUUUUAUACAAAUGGAAUAAUUGUAGACCUGCAGUGGUUAUUUUACUUUAUCCUUUAUGUUCAGGUGGGAUUCAAAAAGCCUUUCUACCAACCUUCUAAUAAAAUGGAUCAACUAAGUUUAGACUUUUAUUUAUUUUUUAAAAAGGGAAGAAUAUUAAUUAGACUAGUAAUAUGGAAAAAGUUUAGAUAAAAAAUAUCUGCCAAAUUGCUUUUUCUCUCCUUAUUUAUCUUGUGAAUGACCCAUGAUAACUUUCGUUAAACAACCAACCAAAGAAUAAAAUAAGUUUUUGAGGAUUGUGGUUACCGGAAGGAAGCACUCUUGGCUAUGAUAGCCUUAAAGGACCAAGAGGGGUGUGCUGUGGGGAGAGCCAACUGAUGUGAAGGUCCACAGGGCCUCAUAGAGAAAUAGUGUUUGUGUCACCUUGUCCUCUGCCUUGUGGCAGCAGUAUUGUCAAUGUACCAUGGGUUGCUCAGGCUCUAGUUGACUUAUCCUAAAUAAAGUUGAGAUUUAUGUACCACA